AUCGUAACCGUUUUUGUGUGUUUGAUGGAGGCUUGGAUGUAUGCACGAAUAAAAUGUGGAUAUUUUAAUUAUCCUCGUUUUGUACAUGUUGAAUAUACGUUUAUGAUACAGAUAAGCGAUUCCUCCGCGAAAAAAGAGUGAUAUUUUUAAUCAUGCCUCGUAGUACUCCUACAUCCAAGAGAAGUGAAUCUAGACGUUCAUCGAUUCUUAAACCACGUAAACCACGACAACCAUUACAAAAUGUGAAUUUUGAUUCUCCACACAACGAAAAAAGUUUAACCCCAUCAAAAACUAAAAGGCGCGUUAGCUUUGCAGAUAAGAAACAUGUCAAAGAGUUUUGUCAUUCGAUAGAUCAAGGAACUGUAUGGGAUAAUACAUAUGAAGAGCACGAUAGUAAGCACGAUUCUAGUCUUAAAGGAUCUUUUGUUUCUUUAGACUCGAAUGCUAAAACUGAAUCAAAAGAAAAUGCAUCUUUAUGUAUUUCUAAUAAUGAAUAUGUACACAUCUUGGAAAAUAAUUCAAGCUGUUCAAACAACUCCAACUUGACAAAUAAUCAGUUAUUUGAGUCUAACAUAAAAGUUAAAGGAAAAGAUAAUGAGAACUGUGAUUUGGAUUUUACUAAUCCAAUCGAAAUGAAAUUGUUUGAUGAAGGAUUUCAGUUCCAAGAGACUAUACUGCCAAAUAAAUCUGGUAUAUCUCAACCAUCUAAGGAUGCAACAUUAAGUAGUAUUGCAUGUAGCAACACAGAUGAGAAAUAUGUGCAACCAUCUGAUGAAACGUCUCAACAUGAACAAAAUGUAACGCCAAAUGCUCUUUUUAGAUCUCGUGCACCUAAAAAUGCAACAUCUAGCAAUAUUAUUAUAUAUAGAGACUCCAAUGAAGAGAACAAUGCGAGUAAUACUACAAAUGCUCUUACUGUAUCUAAUGUAUCUAAAAAUGCAACAUCCAGCAAUAUUAUUAUAUACAGAGACUCUGAUGAAGAAAAGAAUUCAAAUAAUACUGGUAUAAAAUCAUAUUCUGAAUUAUGUUGCAACAACGUCGACUCUGAAUUAGAUAUGACAUGUGCUCAGGAUUUAUCUAUGGAGUUUACUACACCAAUGCAUACGCCUUUGCUAUCUUUACAUGCAGAAAAAGAAAUAAAUGUACAGAAAGAUGAAUGUUCAUUGAACCUAAAUUUAAAUACAAAUUGGGUUAGCAACUGCAAUAAUGUAUCCAUUCAGGCUGUACCAAUAUCGGUGAAACCUGUUAACUUUGAUUUAGGAAUUUUUGAACAAAUUUCAAAGAUACAAACCCAUGGAAGUACGAAUUCGACUGUUGGAAAUAAUACACAUAAUAAGACCAUAUUUUCAACAAAUUUACAAUCUAAUAUUGCUUCUGAAAAUACCGUUUUUAAACAUACACAGGAUGCAACACAGAAUAUUAAUGAAUCAAUGAUGUUAACAAAUGUAAUACAGCCAUUUACCACAAGCACUGACAUAUCUCAUAUAAACAGUCCCAUACAAACUCAUGGAAGUACGAAUUCGACCGCUGGGAAUAUUACACAUAAUAAGACGAUAUUUUCAACAAAUUUACAAUCUAAUAUUGCUUCUGAAAAUACUGUUUUUAAACAUACACAAGAUGCAACACAGAAUGUUAAUGAAUCAAUGAUGUUAACAAAUGUAAUACAGCCAUCUACCACAAGCACUGACAUAUCUCAUAAAAACAACCCCAUACAAACUCAUGGAAGUACGAAUUCGACCGUUGGGAAUAUUACACAUAAUAAGACGAUAUUUUCAACAAAUUUACAAUCUAAUAUUGCUUCUGAAAAUAUUGUUUUUAAACAUACACAAGAUGCAACACAGAAUGUUAAUGAAUCAAUGAUGUUAACAAAUGUAAUACAGCCAUCUAUCGCAAGCACUGACAUAUCCCAUGUAAACAAUACAGCUUUUAAUGUUUCAUUGGAAAUGACUACUGCUAUAUCAUCAAAAAUGUAUGACAGAAAUAUUGCACAUCCUCAUGAUGAAAAUAUAAUUAAAGAAAAUAAUUUGAGAGAAAAUCAAAUUGAUAAAACUGAAUUUUUUAAUGAUGUAAUGGAAAUAACAAAGCCUGUAAAUAUGUUACCUUUGAUUGCUUACGACAAGGAGAAUUUGAAAAUAGAUGAAUUAAUAUCCAAAGAUGAUAGAACUAUGUUCUUUCAUGAUGUAUCCAUGGAAAUGACUAAAGUGUUAAAAAAUCAAGAAGAAAUUACUCGUCCAAUCGUUCACAAGUCAAUAUCUGAAGAGAGUACAUGUAAAAAAAAGAAUAUGGAUAAUUCAAAUGGCUUUGAUGAAAAAACUAGAUUAUUAUACAAGUCUAUGGAGAUUACUGAAGCUGUCCCAGUCUCUUUGCAUCAUGAAAAAACACUUAAUACUAUUUGCGCUGCACAAUCUACAUCGUUCUCUCAAACUAUGUCAAAAGCACGUUUGCCUGUUGAAAAUUCAACUGAAUCGACAUUUCAAGCUGAUACAGCUGCAAACAAAACAAUUCAACAUGUAUCAAUGGAAAUUACUGAUACAAUUUUAUCGACUUUACAUCUUACACAAGAUGCGACAAAUGAAAGGGAGAAUUUAAAUAUUUCUAGAGAUAAUGAAUUUCAACAUUUAACAACAGAUAAUUUAACAAAAUUGAAGAAAAGUGCAGCAAAAGAAAAUUACAUAAUUUCAAGAGAAAUUACAGAAACGACAGACACGCACGAUGAAUUGCCUGAUAAUUUUGUUAUUCCAUCUCUGUCAAAUAAUUUAGAUCACUCCUUAAAUGCAGUUUUAAAAAAUAUUAGCAGUACAAACAAAACGAUUUUUGAUGAAAAUGAACAAUCAAAUUCGAAAAAGAUUUGCAAGUCUUUUAUGGAAUUUCACACUCCUCAAGAAAAUAAUGUAUGUUUAUCUCCAAGGCCUAAUGAUAUUUAUAUAAAUGAUACUGGACAUAAUGAGUGUUUUGUAAAGGAUACAAUGGAUCAUACUGGGUUGUCUCGAUCAAAUUUCAGAGAUGAUCUAAAUGAGAUUAGCGAUUGUAGUCUGUUAAAAACUCUGGGAAACAAUAUCGAAGAGUUACAAUCGAUUAAACCACCAUCGUUCAUAUUAUUAGAUAGUUACAAAGACGAGAAUUCCUUUUCUGACGCCUUAUGCAAAGACAAACUUCAGAUAUCGACCGGUGAUGGAACAAUUGAUAAUAUACAUAAUAGUUCAAACCAAUUAGUAAUAGAUAAUAUUCCAGAAUACGAAUGUCUAGCAGAAUCGAGAAAAAGUAUAGCAAAAGAUAAUGAAAGUUUUACAGUUUUAAGAGAAAAUGAAUCGAUAAAUAUAGAGAACAUUCAAAUGGAAGAUUGCUCUAGAAGAACUAUAGCGAAUAAAACUGAACAGGAAGAUGAUUGCCAAGCAAUCAGAAGAAUAAUUAUUAAUGACAAUCGAAUUAAUGAAUCUAAUCAUUGUAGAAUGAAUGUAGAGAAUUUUCAUGCAGAAAAUGUGUUAUCAAUACAAAAUAAUAAACAUGAAGAGACAAAUACUGAUCAUUGCAAAUCGCCAAUUAUCAAAGAGAAUGAAAUAAUAGCUGAAGUAGAAUACAUCCAAGAAAGGGUAAAUAAUGAUGCAAAUCCACAAAAUAAUGUUAAAGAGAAAGAAGAAUAUUCGGAUGUGCAAAGACUAAAGACAGAACAGUGCACUGAUCAUAUCAAAAGGUUAGAAGCAAUUGAAAAUCAAUUAUAUUCUGAGAACAAUUGCAAAGAGAAUUUAAAUGACGAAGUAAGAGUAACAGAAAUGGAACAAAACGAAGAAUGUACAGAAGAAAGACUCGCAGUAGAACGAUGCGUUAGCGCGAAUGAAGACGAGUCUUUGGUUGAGCAAGAUCCCUUUUUAUCGUUAUCGCAGAAAUUAGAAACACAUUGCGAAAGGGAUGAUUGCAUUUGGAACAUGUAUCAUAAGAAUAUUGACAGGAAAAUGUUUGUUUUCGGCUUCAUAUCGAAUUCUUUAUUGAUAGCAAUGUAUUUAUCAUAUGAUCUUAAUUGCUCUGAAGAAAAUCUGAUUAAUAAAAUCAAGAUUAUUUCCCGCGUUUCAGAUGAUUCAGGUGUAUUAGUAAGGAUAGUUCAUAAAUUAAUUCUGGAAAAACUAGAUGCGAAACUACUUAUGUAUAGGUAUAGAACUCAUGAGGACAUUCUACCAAUGCUAGAAUGUGUUUCAGAACAUGUGAAAUUAGCAAUGAAUUUCAUGUUCGAUUUGAAGCAUUUGGACAAUUUAAAUUUGAUGGAAAUUACUUAUGAUCACAUCUCAUUCCUGUCUCGAAGCAAACAAAUGGACACUAUAUUGAAAGUUACGGUUAAAGUCAAACGUUUCGAUGAACUCACUUCAAAGGACGUAAACGUUCAUUGUUUACUAGGUACAAUAAGAGAAACUGAUGUUAAAAGUCUAAUUAAGAAUAUAAAAAAGGAUCACAAGUUCUUAAGGAAAUAUAUAAACGAUGUCAAAGAUUACAUUGACAUAAUGGAAGAGACUUCAAUCCCCAAGAAAGUUUAAUUUCCAAGAAGAGGCUGCCGAUUGAUCUUCAGUGAAGAUAUCACUUAGCUGUCUCAAUGUGCUCAAAUCAGAAUUAAAAUAAAUGAAUUUUUAAAUCGUCAA